UUGAUCAAACCUGUGAGUUUUGGACCGUUGGAUGAUCGGGUUGUGUUAAAGUGGUGUUAUGCUGCAUCAAAGAUGAGCCUCUUUGACAGGUUUUACAGGAGCAUGCUCAUCACCAAGGUGUUCACAAGAGGAUGGGGGAAUCCAGAUCAUUUGAAGAGGUUACUUGAGUUCCGCAGGAUACUUUCCGACAGAGAGAGUUGCCGUUCCCUUGUGAAGCCGGAUUAUCCAGUAUACAUUGACAAAGAUGAAAAGAGGAAGGAUUACAGAGUUUUAGAUGGACAUUUCAAAUCACCUUUUGUGGAACACCUUCCAGGAAUAAUGCCUGAAGAAGUCCAGAAUGCAAAGUUUCGUAUGAUCUUGCCCAAGGAAUGGAGGAGUCAUCUAAAGCCUGUCUGUAUACACCUUGCAGGUACUGGAGAUCAUAAAUUCGGACGAAGACACAGACUGGCAGAACCUUUGUUAACCAAAAAUGGAGUGGCAUCCAUAUUUUUAGAGAAUCCUUACUAUGGAUACAGGAAGCCAGCAGACCAAAUGCGUUCCAGUCUCUUUUAUGUUAGUGAUCUAUUUGUUAUGGGUGGUGCUCUAGCCAUGGAGUCCAUGGCCCUGCUGCAUUGGUGUGAGAGGCAGGGAUAUGGACCUCUUGCCCUGACUGGGGUGUCAAUGGGUGGACACAUGGCGUCACUUGCUGUUUCAACAUGGCAUAAACCAUUACCCCUUACAUCAAUGUUUUCUUGGACUUCUGCAUCUUCAGUAUUCACCCAGGGAGUGAUGCGUUCUGCUAUACCAUGGCAAGUGUUGGAAUCACAAUACCUCAAUGACUCUGUCUAUAGGGAUGAAAUAAGUCAAUUAACAUUCUCUCCUGAGAGGGCUCAAGUUUCGAAGGAAAAGUACCAACAUCAACAACAAUAUACGGACCAUAAAACGGGAGACUUCCAAUUGAACAUUACUGGUUCUAGUCCUGCCAAAGACCAGUAUGCAAAGUACCACACGUCAUUACAGAAUGCAAAUCAGCCACAAGAGGGCGGUAGUAGUUUUCGAGGGUGGAAUGCAUUUAAGAAACGUCAAAGUAGUCAAAAUGAACAGUCAGAACAAUCUAAAAGAAAAAAAAUUAAUGUGAAGUUAAAAGAUUUAAAAGUGCCCUUCUCACGUCAUAAGUAUAAACCAAGUAAUGAGAUCCUACAUCAAGAUGUUCUCAAUCUUUUCAUGGACUUAAUGGAUGAUUGCACUCAUAUGGGAAAUUACCCGAAACCUGUAGAUCCUGAACUCAUUAUAUUAUUGGCUGCUAAAUAUGAUGAGUAUGUUCCUCGGAAUAGCACAAUUCGAUUGGAUGAACUAUGGAAUGGUUGCGAAGUACGGGAAAUGGAAACUGGUCAUGUGAUUGGGUUUUUACGACACCAAGAGGAGUAUAGGAGAGCCAUAUUAGAUGCUUUCAACAUUCAACUGAAGAAGUAUUACAAUGGGGAGGUUCUAUAACUCCUAUGUUAUGAUUUCAUCAUUAAACGUAUAAUGAUGUCAUUAUUAAUUUUUAGUGAUGUCAUGGACUGAUGUCAGCAUGAACUGAUGUUGCCAAACAUUGUUAUUUAUUGAAUUUCAUUUACAAAAUAGUGCAGUUGUACUUUGAUUAUUUCAUGACCAUAUAUUGACAAUUGUAUAUCAUGUGACCUGAAAGGAAAAUGUACUAAUAUAUCAACGGAUAUAUCUUUUGAAGAUGUAUCUCCGUUGAGAGACAGUAAAACAGUACAGUGGAGUCAGUCAUCUAUACAGUACAUGGGUUGAUCAAAAAGUUUGUGAUAUUAGAGCAAAUGCUGAAGAACUAUUGGGUCAACCCUUGUCUGUUGAUGCAUCAUAGCAUGGCCUCACAAAAUUUUUAUAGACACACAUUUUGGACGUUUUUUGUGUCGCAACAAAGAAGUUACUAAGUAUUCAAGCUUAAGAUUUUUCUCUAAUGAUAUAUAUUUGUAAUUUCUGUGAAUAAAUUCUUUCUGUGAAAGACUUGCAGCAUUUUGAUAAAUAA